AUGGAGUCCGCUUCCGUAGUCUCCUCUUCUCCCCCGCCCGAGGACAAGUCCUAUCACCACGACGAACCGCUGCAGCUGCACUCGAUGCCGCCAUGGAGGCGGUAUGAGUCUGAAGAAGAGGAAGUGUCCGAGACCAGCUCCGUGAGAGCCUUCACGCCCGAGACUGGGUCUAGCAAUGACAACGAUCCUGUCGUCGAGAGCGGCUUGCCCUCUCCAGCUCGAGAGGAUUCCGACAGCUCGGCGAGCCUCUAUUCGAGACCACUAUCCGUCGUGACUGCUAAGCGGAACAGCACUGCUACUUAUAACGCAUAUCAUGAAGGUGAUGAGAACGAAUCAGCCUGCGGAUAUGUUACGCCGCCAGUCUCUCCGACUUCCAUUCUCCCCCACUCUAUAGGUGAGGCUGAUACAAGCAUUGUGAUCGAGGACGAUGGCGAGGAGGCCGAGGAAGAAGAGCAGAUCUUUGAAGCAAAGCAAGUCCUCUACACAGCGCCAACUUCAAAACCAAACAUCAUCGUCAUCCACAAUCUCACAUCCGAGUCUAUGCUCUGGCCACAUUCUGGCAAUGAGGAAACACCAGACCCGGCCAGCAACAAAGGACCCGAAAACAUACGCAAGCGGUCAUCUACAGCGUCCGGAUUGAGCCCUCCUGACCGUUCCAAACGCUACUCCGCCAUGUUCCUGCGUGACGACGGCGAAUUGGCCUACGCUGAUCCCCGAAGCCACGUACGCGCUCGAUCCGCCCAGCGGGUUGGAGGUAGUCCCUAUCGAUCGAGGGCCGCUUCCCCUAGUGUCAAUAGAGAGACACGGCCCCAGCUGCUGAGAAGAAAUACGUCUCAGCGUUCUACGAGAAGUGUCUACAUUGCUGCACCCGACGAGAUGCUCCGACCACGAACUUUCCGCAGCGCAAGCUUUGCCAGCGACAAUACGAGCCCUAGUUCAAGAUCGUCGAAGCAGCCAUCCACGCUGAACUCGUCUACAUCUUCCUUCCACACCUCAUCUACGUCCUCCGCCGAGCCUGAUUCUGACAAGUCAAAGCUUACACCACACCCCCUCUCCAUCAGCACGACAUCACACCCCGCGCCUAUUCAAUUUACAGGGCCUUUUGGCACCUCGCCAAGAAAGCCGGGCCUAGCACCGCAUGUUCGGUCAGAGUCGCUUCUAGAUGUGGACCCGAUUAGCCCAGCAGCCAGCUCGGCCUAUUCGCCCAUGGAGCAGACAAACCCGCGAAUGUCCAUGCCCAAGGCACAAGGACUCUACAGCCUCCGAAACAACCCUGCCCUCUCUCUGACUACAGACUUCGAGCCGGCGGUAGACCAGCGUCAUCAGCAAGCACAGCAAGCAAACAGGGAUUGGUCCUUUGUCUCUUCGCCUGCAUCAGCAAAAACACCCAAAGCGGGCGCGAGUGCUAUGAAGUCACUGAUGGGCGGGUUCCGGGGGCUAGGGCGACCACGGAAGAGAUCGCUGGCCCCGGCCCCCAACUAA